AUGGACAAUACCGCCAUGAACUCCUUCUUGGAGUUCGCAAUUUGUAACCGCGGCACCGCCGCCUUCCAGCACCACCCCGAGCCGGCCUCCCCUUCCUUCCCGCCGUGCUCAGGUAGCCCCGCUCCGAGCUCCGAUGGCCCCUUCGCCCUGCCGGCCACCGGCCAUCUCCCCCAGCACGGCUUCCACCCUCCCUCCUCCUCCUCCUCCUCCUCAUCCUCCCGCUUCGCCAGCCCGGCUUACCCAGCCCAGCCGGGCUACCAGCAGCUCUACCUGGGCCAGCAGGACGCGGACGGGCUCUUCUUCCAGGCGGCCUCGGGCUACGGCUCGGGCUCGCUGGCCGAGGGCUACUGCGGGCCCUCGGGGCAGCUCCAGCCCGGGCUGGGCCCCGAGCAGCCCGCGGGCCCCGCGUACCUGCCCGGCCUCUACGGGGAGCUCUCGGCCGCUCUGCUGGAGGAGCCGGAGCCUCCGGGGCACCCCGAGGCGAGCCCGAGGGCCGGGGCAGCGCAGACCUUCGAGUGGAUGAGGGUGAAGAGGAACCCCCCCAAAACAGGCAAACCGUCGGAGCUGGGGCUCCUGGGGCAGCCCAACGCCAUCCGCACCAACUUCAGCACCAAGCAGCUGACGGAGCUGGAGAAGGAGUUCCACUUCAACAAGUACCUGACGCGGGCCCGCAGG